CCUGAAGGCAGCUGAGUGACGUCACUGCGCCUUUCCAAGCUCCGCCCCUCCUCAAUGGCGACCGCUUCAGCUCGGCCAAGCCCGGGCCGCAGAGUGCAGUCCAAGCUGGGUCACUUUCUCUGACGCCAGCCGGCCUCCGAUGCCACGAAUGCGCGCUCUUGUUGCCAACUAAAAUGGAGGAUAGUUUUGAUUGCGACUGUGGCGAGCUUGAGCCACCUGAUCAUUGAGGCUAACCAAUAACUCCAAUCUAAAGGUCAGGCUCUAAACCAUUUUGUCAGGAUCAGGAUAGUCUUUAGGAACCAUUGAAUCAAAAGUCUGUAAAAUCCCAUGAAGCUGCUCAGGACCAGUUCUACACUGCAACUCCAUGCUUCUAGAGCCUAACAUUGCCGUUUCAUUCCAAGAAGUAUCCAUCCCCAGGAGUGGAGUUGGACAUUUCAACCUGUGGUCAAUCAAGAUGAAAAGCAAGUUAAACAAGGCCAAAGUGUCGGGUAUCUGACCGUGGCAACUGCACAGGGUCGUGGGGGACCGUUAGCACAGUUUGAAGGGGUCUUCUGCUAGCGUUGACCAUAGUUGAGAAAGCUCCAGACCAAACAUUAGUGAGGUUUGGUGCAAGAGCCUUAAAAGUCACCAUGGCAGAGAAGUUUGAGUCCCUAAUGAACAUCCACGGCUUUGACCUGGGCUCUCGAUACAUGGACUUGAAGCCUCUUGGCUACGGAGGAAACGGCCUGGUCUUCUCAGCAGUAGACACCGACUGUGAUAAGCGAGUGGCGGUGAAGAAGAUUAUCUUGACCGAUCCCCAGAGUGUCAAGCAUGCCCUGCGAGAAAUUAAAAUCAUACGGCGCCUGGACCAUGACAACAUUGUUAAGGUUUUUGAAACUUUGGGCCCCAGCGGUCGCAGGCUAACUGAAGAUGUGGUGUCCCUGACUGAAGUCAACUCGGUCUACAUAGUACAGGAGUACAUGGAGACCGACCUGUGUAAGGUGCUGGAUCGAGGCCUCCUGUCCGAAGGCCACGCCAGGCUCUUCAUGUACCAACUCCUCAGGGGGCUGAAGUACAUCCACUCUGCCAAUGUGCUCCACCGUGACCUCAAGCCCGCGAACCUCUUUGUCAACACAGAGGACCUGGUGCUGAAGAUUGGGGAUUUUGGUCUAGCCCGCAUCAUGGACCCUCACUACUCCCACAAGGGUCACCUGUCUGAAGGUCUGGUCACCAAGUGGUACAGGUCCCCCCGCCUGCUGUUGUCUCCAAACAACUACACCAAAGCCAUCGACAUGUGGGCCGCUGGCUGCAUCUUUGCAGAGAUGCUAACAGGGAAGACACUGUUUGCAGGAGCUCAUGAACUGGAGCAGAUGCAGCUCAUCCUGGAGUCCAUCCCUGUCCUGAGAGAGGAGGACUGUCAGGAGCUGCACAGUGUGAUACCAGUCUUCACCCACAAAGACAUGUCCAAGCCCCACAUCCCACUCAUCCAACUCCUGCCUGGUGUCAGUCCUCAAGCCCUGGACUUCCUGGAGAAGAUUCUGACUUUCAACCCCAUGGAUCGUCUGACUGCGGAGGAGGCCCUGGCUCACCCCUACAUGGCCGACUACUCCUUCCCGUUAGACGAGCCCAUCUCUCUGCACCCUUUCCACAUCGAGGAUGAAGUGGACGACAUCCUGCUCAUGGACCACAGCCCCAGCCACACCUGGGACAGCAGGUACCACGACAGCCAGUUGUGUAGCAGGUACCAUGACAGCCAGUUGUCAGAGCCCGACUGGCACCUGCACAGCACCCAUGACCCCGAUGAAGUCCAAGUGGACCCCAGGGGCCUCUCUGAUGUAACCCAUGAGGAGGUGGUUCAGGUGGACCCUCGCAAAUAUGCCGACGGAGAUCGGGAGAAGCUCCUGGAUGAGCCGUCCUUCGACUACUGGACUCUGCUCCCGUCUGAGUGCUCGUGGCAGGAUGAGCAUCAUGAGAACAAGUACUGCGACCUGCAGUGUAGCCACACCUGCAACUACAAGGCCGAGUCUCCCUCCUACCUGGACAACCUCAUCUGGAGGGACAGUGAAGUCAACCACUACUAUGAACCCAAGCUCAUCAUCGACCUGUCCAACUGGAAGGAGCAGCAGAGCAAGGACAAGGCAGACCGCAAGGCCAAGACCAAGUGUGAGAAGAACGGGCUGGUGAAGGCCCAGAUCGCCAUGCAGGAGGCAGAGAAGAGCCAAAGUCCGGCAGAGAAAGACCGCGAGCAGGAGAAACAUCAGACACAGAGUCAAGCAGGCUUCGACUUUGACUCCUUCAUCGCCAGUACCAUCAAACUGAGCCUCCAGCCCGAGGCCUGUCAUGACGUGGGCCUACUCAACGAGCUCAAUUCCUCAGUUUCUCAGCUGGAGGCCCCUCGGACGGGCUCCAUGUCCAAGUCCAUCAGUCAGGAGAAGGAGGAGAAGUGCCUGGUGAACCUGGCCCAGUUAGGCGGAGUCGGCGGUGACGGCCCUUGGUCCGCUCAUCCUUGGGAGAGCUUUGGCUCCGGGGAACGGGUGGCAGAGAAUGGCUGUUUGAUCGACGAAGCAUGCAAAGAGGACCACUUCCAGAAGGACAGCACUUACACCAGCUACCUGGACCGCCUGUUCAGCCGCAAGGAGGAGGUGGUCAGCGAGUCGGUGGCCAGCCUGGAGGCCAGGGAAAGUGGCUUGGACGAGGCCUUCCUCAGCAGGAGCACAGAGAUCGUACUGAACAUGCAGCUGGACUUGGACAGCGCUGACGAGCUGCCUCUCAAGUCCAUCCAGGCGUCCCUCACGCCCUGUGCGGUCAGAUGUUCCCCUCAGAUCGCCCACAAGGCCUACAGCAGCAUCUUCAAGCAUCUUAACUAGGAACCCCUUUUGUUCUACUUGAAACCAUUUCAUAUCUUUGAAGAGGUGAUGUUCCUUCUUCACUCCUGUAGAAGGAAGGUUUUAGAGAUGAAGGGGAGAUGUCAGCAUCUGCUUCCUGUCCAGCCCUUCCAUACUGUAAAUGUGACACAUGAUGCCAGCAGCAACCAUUAGCGUUAUCUACCUCAAGGUAACACUCCAGGCCGCACUAGUGCUUUACACACCAUCUUUAUUUAUUGAUGCACCAAGUGUUCCUCUUUCUUCACGCCCAGGAACCUCCAUCACUUUCUUUUGCCAUCAGUCUUGUCCUACUGGAUAUUCUUUUAUUUAUAGUCUUAAUUUUGUCAAAGCAAAUGUCAGCCAUCCAAGAUUGUGUGCAUGGAGGCAGCAAAGUCCCUUUUUGAAUUGUACCUCUUUUGACUUUUGUUGUCCUUUCUCCAGGCAAGCAUGAUCAUUUAGUUCCAGGUGUAGCAUGUAGGACAGACUUUUGUAACGAUCGCUUCUACUAAAUAAACCACUGGCCAACAAUC